GCUGCGAUCGGCAGUCGCCCUGUACUCAGCGAGCGUCACCUGACGUAGCGAGCAUCUGGUUCUUUCACACGCUCCUCACUCGAUAUUUAGGCUUUUCUUUUUGUGUGUGAGGUGGCUGCAUAUUACCUGCAAGUUAUUUUCGGGAGAGGGGAUUGGGGAAUGACAGCCCCCGACUCCCCGCGUCUGUUUAUCUAGUCGUAAGGAGCGCUUCGCAGGAUGCUCUCUCCUCGGAGGGGCGUCGGGAGCCCACCCCGGGCCUGGGUUCCUCUCGGCGCUUUCCUCUGCGCGACCCUUGUCGCCAUUAGCGCGACUAUGCCAGUGGACAAGUGUCCCCGAAGCCUGGACUGUGCCCGAGAGGGGCGUCACUUCUGCCAGCCGGGCUCCUCCCACUGCGGCCCCUGCCUCGCCCCAUUGGAGGAGAAUGAGGAAGGAAGGUGUGCGGUCAGGAAGAGACACACCCACUUCGGCAAGGUGAGCAGCCGUCCCGAGCUGGAUGAGGAGAUCGAUUUCCUGUCCUCCAUCAUCUCCAAACAGCAGGAGACAGAGGUCAAGCAUUCAGAAACCCCCUCUCAGGCAGUCCCCAAACCCAAGCACGAUGCCCCCAAACAGAAGAGCGCACCCCACUCCACCACAGGGCGUCCCACGACGACCAGCGCCCCUACCUCACCCCCCCAGACUACAGCACAGCCGGAUGUUCGGAUUGUGCCGGUGGGAGUUCCUGUCCCCAACCUGGCAAAGGACGGCCUCCUCGUUGCCAUGAUUGGUCUGUGUAUCGUCGUGGGAACGGUAGCCUUGAUCUUGGCAGGCAUCUGCUGGAUCAGGUUACAGAGGGGAAUGCAUUACUCCCAGAAGGUGGAUUACCCAGCAUUCAAUGUGAUGGCACCCCACUCUGGAGACUGUAGCUUGACGGGCGAUAAGAAGCUGGCUCACAGCGCUCAGAUGUAUCACUACCAGCACCAGAAGCAGCAAAUACUGUCCCUGGAGAAACACAGAGAUGAGCCGAAGGUUCCCGACUCGGGGACCACGUCGGAUGAAGAGAACGAGGAUGGGGACUUCACAGUGUACGAGUGCCCUGGCCUGGCACCGACUGGAGAAAUGGAAGUGAAGAACCCACUGUUCGAUGAUUCCACUCUGCAGAGAAACCACAAGUAACACACAGACACACAUGCACACGCACAUGCUUUUAUGCAAACACACACACACAGACACGC